UUCACAGGGUGGGAGGAUCUUCCGCCCCCACGUGGUAUUAACGUCCGGAUUUUGGGGACUGAGCGCUAUGCGUCACGUGACUCGGCGGCAUCUUGGUGUGGAAACCUCGCCACCUAACAUGGCUUCCUCGGACACAACGACUGAGCGGAAAAAAUUGGUCGACUUGCGUGUUAUUGAUCUCAAAACUGAGCUAAAGCGUAGGAGCCUCGAUGCGUCCGGAGUGAAGAACGUGCUUAUGUCCAGGCUGAAACAGGCAAUUGAAGAAGAAGGAGGCGACCCAGAUAAUAUUGAACUAACUGUCAAUUCUGAUACUCCAAAGAAAAAUUCCAAGAACAAAGGAAGAAAGGUGGAGGCUGAUGAGUCUGGCUGUGAAGCUUCAGUGGAAGAAGACUCUGUCAAGGAUAAUGAACUCGAGUCUCAAGAUGUAAGUGACCAAGAUGGCAGUGAUGAGCUAGCUGAGGAGAAUGAAGAAGAAAGUGCUACUUUUGUUAAUGUGCUAUCCACAGAAGAAGAAAAUGAAACCAAGCAAACAUCACAUUGUGACAACCCUGACAUCCAGGCAGAAGAAGGAGAGGAAGAUGAAAACAAAGAUGUAACAGGUUCUGUUGAUGUCACACAAGAAAUAUCUAAACCUCUUCACUCAGGAGAGAAUGAGUCAGAACUGACAAUCAAAGAAGAAAUGGAAACUAGCACCUCCCUGAAAGAAGCUGAGGAGGAUAACGUAUCUGUCACAAUCCAGGCUGAAGAUGCUAUUACACUCUAUUGUGAUGGAGAUGACCUCCUAGAAACAGGUAAAAAUGUGAAAAUUGCAGAUUCUGAGACAAGCAAGCCAAAAGAUGAGCAUGAGGCGUGUGACUCCAAGGAUGGCCUGGAGGAUCAAAAGGAUGUGAUGUCCGAGAACCAGAAAGAUGAUAAACAGGAGAGUGGCAAAGGAGAUGCUGUUAAGAAAGAUGGCAGAGAAGCUUCAAAGAAAACUGAAUCUGGAGACAAAGACAAGGAUUCUCAGAAGAAAGGUGCCUCUUCUACAGGGGCUACUGGUCAAGCAAAGAGCUCAUCCAAAGAUGCCAAAGAAAGCAAGUCUGCAUCCAAAGAGGAUAAAGGAAGUACUAGUGGCACAAGUGGGAGUUCUACACGUAAUCUUUGGGUCAGUGGACUUUCAUCUAACACAAAGGCGGCUGAUCUCAAGAAUCUAUUUGGAAAGUAUGGAAAGGUACUUAGUGCAAAGGUUGUUACCAAUGCUCGAAGUCCAGGAGCAAAAUGCUAUGGAAUUGUAACAAUGUCAUCAAGUGCUGAUGUGGUUAGAUGCAUCUCUCACCUACACCGAACCGAAUUGCAUGGUCAGCAGAUCUCUGUAGAAAAGGUGAAAAAUGAUCCUUCCAAGAGAGACAUUAAAAAAGAUAGUGAUGAGAAACUUGGUCCUAGUAGAACAUCUGGGGAGAGAAAAUCUUCUGGAGGGGAUAAAAGCAACAAAACACAAAGUUCAGUGAAAAAAGAUGAUAGGAGGUCAUCUGACAAACCAGAGAAAAAGGAUGGCAAAGAACUUAAAAAGGACAGCAAGGAGAAGAGUGAAAGUGCUACUACUGUGCUUUCUCCUGAAUCUUCAAAGAAGAAUGAAGAAAGGAAAAAGCCAGGUGGCAAAAGUCCUGGGCAAAUGGUGGUUCUAGAUCAGACAAAGGGAGAUCAAGUUUAUGGAAGGCCACCAAUCAGAAGGGGACGCUUUGAUAAAAUGAGAAACAGGGAAAAGUUUUUUCAAAACAAGAUGAAGUUCAGAGAGUUUAGAGACCGAAAAGACAUCUUGCCAUUUGAGAAAAUGAAACAGCAAAGGAUCAGAGAGAAAGUGGAACGACUAGAGAGAAUGCAGCGAUUUCGCAGAGCAGUUGAAAUGCGAAGAAGCAGAGAGAUCGCUGAAAGAGAAUGUCGGGAAAGGGAGCGUAUAAGAAUAAUGCGUGAGCGAGAAGAACUUGAUCGUUUGCAGAGGGAACGAGAGAGACUCGAAAUAGAAAGGCAAAAAUUGGAAAGGGAAAGAAUGGAGCGUGAACGACUGGAGCGAGAGAGGAUUCGCAUUGAACAGGAGCGUCGUAGAGAAGCAGAGCGCAUUGCCCGUGAGAGAGAAGAAUUGCGUCGGCAACAAGAACAGCUACGUUUUGAGCAAGAAAAGAGGAAUUCUCUGAAGCGUCCAAGGGACGUUGAUCACAGGCGAGAUGAGCCAUUCUGGAAUGAAAACAAAAAGAUGUCCAUGGAUACAGAUUCCCGCUUCAGCCAUGGGAAUGAUUUUAAUCGUCAGCAAAACAGAUUUAAUGACUUUGAUCACAGAGAUAGAAAUCGGUAUUCUGAGGGAUCAAAUGUAUCUUCUUUUGAAAGACGUGAUCGAUUUGUGAGCCCAGGAGAAGGAAAGAAAGGCCGAGCAAAUAUGGCAAACUUUAACAAGAAUUUCACAGAUUCUAGAAGAAAUGAGCCAGCUCAGCCAAGAAAUGAUCUUCGAGACACUGAUAGGAGAGAAGUUAGAGACCAGGAUGAUAGAAGACCAGUGGUGAUUGAAAGGACAGGUGGUAAUAGAAACGAUGGACCGAGCCAUGACAGAGGAAGACUUGGCAAUCCAGAAAUACAGCAUGGUCGACCAAGGGAUUCUGGAAACAACCAACCACGGUCAGGAACUUGGAAGGGAGAAGGAGGAAUAUCUGCAGACAAACGGGAAGCAAGGGGCGAUAGGACAGACCGACCAGGAAGAGAGAACAGUGGGCAGCCAUCACGUGGUGGGCAUGCCAGUCGAGGAGGUAAACCAGGCUACACAGGCAGAGAUGGCAAUCGCUCAAUCGUUGUGAGUGAACGAGGAAGCAGUGGACAACAUUUUAAUGAAGGCCGGCAAGUUGUGGAGCGUCAAGGCCGAGACACAGGUGGUCCAAGAAAGGAUUGGCAUGCUCCAAGCUCACAGGGCACUGGAUACAAUGCAAGGAGAAUGUCAGAUGGUCGCAGUGGAGGCAUGAUGUCUAGUAACCCUGCGAUUAACAGAGUUGUACAGGUGCCAGGGGGAUCCAUGCAGAGGGGAACCGGAUCUGGAUUUAAGUCUUAUAAGGGGGCGCCGCAAAGAAGAUACUGAAAACAAAAUGGCUCUGUUUUGGAGAUAACUUAUUACAUUCUUGUAUACUUAACUAAACUCAACAGGGUGUUCAGUAAAUCAUUUGACUUUUUUUUUUUUUUUUUUUUUUAAAUAUACAUUUUAAUUCUUUGUUCCAUAGAAGGACUUUUAAUGAUCCAGUUAAUUUAUCCAGAGGCCUUCACAAAUAAGGCACAAACUUCAUUUGGAGCAAAAUAUACGCGGUUUGCUAAAACUGCCCCAACUCCGCCAUACUUUUUUUUUUUUUUUAGGGAUCAAAGGAGCUGCAGCAAUACUGGCUAAAGACUAAAAUAGUGUUUAUAUAACGGAAUUCUUCCCCCAAAAAGUUAGAGAAACAGUUUUAUUUCAGAAGACACAUCGCAGAUUACGUCAAAUAAUGUAGAUUUAUUCCCGUUAGGAAUAUUUUUUUUCUCCCCAUGUUUGAAUGUAAAGUUACUAUGUGCUCCUUUUGUAAAUUUUUGCCACAAUAACUUUUUCUUCUGUAUGUCCUGUGGCCUUUUUAGGUGGUAUAAAUAAAACUUUUGUUUCUGU